UGACAGAUUAUGAAACCAACUUCAUAGGUGUGCAAGCCUCAUUUUAAAAAAACGAAAUGGCUGGGCGUGGUGGCUCACGCCUGUAAUCCCAGCACUUUGGGAGGCAGAGGUGGGUGGAUCACAAGGUCAGGGGAUCGAGACCAGCCUGACCAACAUGGUGAAACUCCGUCUCUACUAAAAAUACAAAAAUUAGCCAGGCAUGGUGACGAAUGCCUGUAAUCCCAGCUACUCCGGAGGCUGAGGCAAGAAAAUUGCUUGAACUCAGGAGGCGGAGCUUGCAGUGAGCCGAGAUCAUGCCGCUGCACUCUAGCCUGGGUGACAGAGCAAGACUCCGUCUCAAAAAAAAAAAAAAAAAAAGAAAUUAGGAGAGUACAUGACAUACAGUAAGAGGAAAUAUCUUGACAUAUAUUGGCCUUUGGAAUAAAAUAAUUUCUUACUGUGGUUGUGGUCAGCGGUGAUGGGCACUUGGGGGACUGAGACCAGGAAGGUGCAGAGACUCUCCCAAGAUCACACAGCAGAGCUGGGGCUGGAAUCCAGGCCUGGAUCUUCAGGAACACCUGCCAUCCUAGUGCUUUGGACUCUGCUGGGGUCAUGGGAGGGGCGCUAAAGCAAGCCUGGCCUCAUCCAGCGUGGCCCUGGCUUCAUGCAGCCUCCUCUCCCCAGGACCAGGUCUCCAAGGACAAAGCCCUUCAGAGCAUGGCGUCCAUGUCCUCUGCCCAGAUCGUCUCUGCCAGUGUCCUGCAGAACAAGUUCAGCCCACCUUCCCCUCUGCCCCAGGCCGUCUUCUCCACUUCCUCACGGUUCUGGAGCAGCCCUCCUCUCCUGGGACAGCAGCCUGGACCCUCUCAGGACAUCAAGCCCUUUGCACAGCCAGCCUACCCCAUCCAGCCGCCCCUGCCGCCGACGCUCAGCAGUUAUGAGCCCCUGGCCCCGCUCCCCUCAGCUGCUGCCUCUGUGCCUGUGUGGCAGGACCGUACCAUUGCCUCCUCCCGGCUGCGGCUCCUGGAGUAUUCAGCCUUCAUGGAGGUGCAGCGAGACCCUGACACGCAAACACCUGUUUGUGCACAUCGGCCAGACGAACCCCGCCUUCUCAGACCCACCCCUGGAGGCAGUAGAUGUGCGCCAGAUCUAUGACAAAUUCCCCGAGAAAAAGGGAGGACUGAAGGAGCUCUAUGAGAAGGGGCCCCCUAAUGCCUUCUUCCUUGUCAAGUUCUGGGCCGACCUCAACAGCACCAUCCAGGAGGGCCCGGGAGCCUUCUAUGGGGUCAGCUCUCAGUACAGCUCUGCUGAUAGCAUGACCAUCAGCGUCUCCACCAAGGUGUGCUCCUUUGGCAAACAGGUGGUAGAGAAGGUGGAGACUGAGUAUGCCAGGCUGGAGAACGGGCGCUUUGUGUACCGUAUCCACCGCUCGCCCAUGUGCGAGUACAUGAUCAACUUCAUCCACAAGCUGAAGCACCUGCCCGAGAAGUACAUGAUGAACAGCGUGCUGGAGAACUUCACCAUCCUGCAGGUGGUCACGAGCCGGGACUCCCAGGAGACCCUGCUUGUCAUUGCUUUUGUCUUCGAAGUCUCCACCAGUGAGCACGGGGCCCAGCACCAUGUCUACAAGCUCGUCAAAGACUAGGGUGCCCUCUGCGCCUCCUUAAGGAUGCAGGGUGAGCAUCUCCUCUCCACACCUGCCUGGCACCCCUGGGGGGGUCCAGGAUUGAGGAUUCAUCUACCUGCCAGGCCUCAGGCCCAGGACCCAGGAGGCCUCCCCACCUACCCCAGCACACACACUCCCUGCCACUGUUCUGCGCUUUAAUUGUGGGAGAAGAGAGGAGAGGAGGGCUCAGCGGUGGGGCAGCCUGUCCGGGGCGCUGACCCACCAUCACCCUGCUCUGCCCAGCCUCGCGUGACCUCAGAGAGCUGGGGAUAGGGGACACCUUCAGCCUCCAGCAUGUGUGGCCACUGUCCCCCCACCCACCCUUGGGGGAGCAUGAUGGGCAGGUGAGGGCAGGAUGGAGACCAAGGGAGUCAGUGAGCAGAGGCCCUGGGAGUGUCCAGUCGGGGUUGGACUGAGGACAGAGGGGCCCACACUUCCUUGCCCCUUUGUGUCCCAGGCCUGGUGCCCAGACUCCUUGCAUGGCUUGUGUGGUCCUCAGACUCCGCACAGCGAGCAUAGGUCUCUGGGUUUCAGAUGAAGUGCCCAGGCUCCAGGAAGUUGAGGGACCCACAGGAGAGGUGGGCAGAGCUGGAGUUCUCAUCCAGGGCUGCUUGUCCCCAGAGCCCAGGUUUAUACUACCUCCCUGGGGCGGGGGCUGGCCGCAGGGUAGGGGAGAGGCUCUGCAGUGUGGAGUGGAGCCUCAUCGAGGGGCGCUGGGUUAGGGGAGCACCUGUUUCAGACUGGGCAUGAAGAAGGAAGCACAGCAGCUACUAGACCCCAUUAGCACCUCAUUAGCCCACAAGCUAGCCAGGGGCCCCAGGAAGAUGGGGCACCCCCCCAGCACCCUCCAGAUUGAGAGCAAGGUAGAGGAAGGAGUCCCAGCCUCUGGGCAGACCAGAGGCCCAGAGGGAGAGAGUAGCAGAAGGCUUUUGAUUUUUCUCUUGCCUGAGGCUUGAAUCUGACAAACCCUUGGUGGGCACUGCUCCCUUAGGUUCUUCCCCACCUCAGUCUACCUGCCUAGAGUACCAGCUCCCAGACCCAGUUCUGGGACUGAAGGUUAACCCUUCACCUGCUGUCCCUUCUCAACACCCAGGCCCCCAGAGCCAGCUGGGCCUGUCCAGCAGCCACCUGUGGGUAUUUAUGAGUUUCAUAUGAAGUACUGUGCCCCUUCCCUUCCUUAUCCCGACCCUGCCCGAGCUUCCUGAAGGUCCUCACUGUUUGCAUAUCGCUCAGGCCACCUCCAAACCCCACCUAGGUUUUAUAAUGUAUAUUAUAUAUUUUUUUGUGUAUUUUUAAAAUCCAGCUGUGAUGGGUUAUAUCAUAAAUGCAGCUUGGGGUUGGAGCAGGGGCCCUCAAGGCCCAGCUCCUGCUCAAAAAAAAAAAAAAAAAAAAAAUUAAA